GGGGCCGGCGGCUCACGCGCUCUCUCCUUGCAGGCCCUGCCAUGUUCCGCAGGCUGGGCUGGCUGGUCCUGUACAGCCUGGCUGUGCUGCUGCUCAGCUGCCUGCUCUUCCUGAAGAAGGAGGCCAAGCCGGUGGGCGGCCCCGUGGCCCGCCAGCCCUUCUGGGCUCCCCCAGCGCCCCGCCGCAGCCAGUGCCCUCCCAACCACACGGCAGCUAAUGUCUCCCUGUCCUUGCCCAGCCGCCAUCGCCUCUUCCUGACCUAUCGCCACUGCCGCAACUUUUCAGUCUUGCUGGAGCCUUCGGGCUGCUCGGCUGACACCUUUCUGCUCCUGGCCAUCAAGUCGCAGCCCGGCCACGUGGAGCGGAGAGCAGCGAUCCGAAGCACGUGGGGCCGGAUGGGGGGCUGGGCCAGGGGUCGGCAGCUGAAGCUGGUGUUCCUCCUGGGGGUGGCGGGGCCGGCGCCCCCAGCCCAGCUGCUGGCCUACGAGAGCCGAGAGUUUGACGACAUCCUGCAGUGGGACUUCGCCGAAGACUUCUUCAACCUGACACUCAAGGAGCUGCACCUGCAGCGCUGGGUGGCAGUUGCCUGCCCCCAGGCCCACUUCACACUAAAGGGAGAUGAUGAUGUUUUCGUCCAUGUCCCCAACGUGCUGGAGUUCCUGGAGGGCCGGGACCCAGCCCGGGACCUCCUGGUGGGAGAUGUUAUCCGCCAGGCCCUGCCCAACAGGAACACUAAGGUCAAAUACUUCAUCCCGCCGGCCAUGUACAGGGCCCGCCACUACCCACCCUACGCCGGGGGUGGGGGCUACGUCAUGUCCCGAGCCACCGUGCAGCACCUCCAAGCAGCGGUGGAAGAGGCCGAACUCUUCCCCAUCGAUGACGUUUUUGUGGGUAUGUGCCUGAGGAAGCUGGGGGUGAGCCCCGUGCACCAUGCGGGCUUCAAGACAUUUGGAAUACGGCGGCCCCUGGACCCCCUGGACCCCUGCCUGUACAGGGGGCUCCUGCUGGUGCACCGCCUCAGCCCCCUGGAGAUGUGGACCAUGUGGGCGCUGGUGACAGAUGAGGGGCUCAAGUGUGCAGCGGCCCCCUUGCCCCAACUGCAAGGGGUGGGUUGAGUGAGUGAACCCAGUGUUGAUUUUCCUAUCAUGAGGACAAGUGAGACCUUGAAUCUUGACCUGAGCGUCUACAGAAAUGCUGACUUCAUUUCUUCCUUUUUGUAACCCCCACCCCUGCCUUGCUAACCCUGAUUAAAAACACUGAGAUCUGG